AAAUUGAAGUUCUUUUCGGCUUUGGCAUGCCUUUUCAAACCAAACACUCAACCCAAACCGUGCGGGAGGCCUGUCUGAAUAGAAAAAAGCAAUUAUUAGAUAACAAAACUAUUUCAUGGACAGUAUCAUUUUAGGGCUUCUCAGGCACGAGUUCAUCGAUUCAGACUGCUUUCCAGCAGGGCGAUUUUAAGGUUUUUAGUGCAGUUUCAGCUGCUUUGCGAGAGCUUCUGAGUUUCGAAUCGUCAAUUCAGCCUCUUUCUCCAUUUGUAUUAUUUUUUGUAGUUUUCUGAUGGAGAGAGGUGGACCCUAUCCACUUGUUGGGAUAGAUGUAGAUGCUGAAUCGGAAGAGAAGUUUUAUGAUAUGGAUUCUUCUGUUCAUUCAUACAGAGAACUGGGAAACUCAUUCACUAGCUCUAAGAUGGAGGAGAGUGCAGAUGUGGAUCCUCUGAAUCAAACCCUUAGCGACUCUCAUACAGUAAGUCAUGCUGACAGAAAUUUUGAUGCUGAAACAUCUUUGGACUCAGAGCUUCCACAGAAACAUGACUGUUAUAUUCAAAAUGACGAGCUAGAUGAGGCAAAAGAAAUUGAUGCACAUAGAGAUGGUAAUUUAGGGCGUAGAUAUUUCUACUAUGACUCUCCUCUUUUGGAGGAGACUGGUGCGUGGAUACCCGUGUCUGUUCCUCCAAUGUCAGAGAGUGACCAUGAAGAAUGGUACAGAGAUCAGGGUGUAAAUGGGGGAUAUCUUCCUGAGGAUGAUAUUGGAUGGCAAUAUGCAAAUCAGGAAUUGACACUUUGGACUGUUAUUAGUGAGAUGCUGGCAGUGAUGUCUGCAAAGGCUAGUUCUUUUGCAGGAGCAAAAUGUCGGUCAUCUAUAUCUCCUUUUGCGAAUCAUAUGCCAAAACGUAUCUUAGAGCAGGCUUGGAGAGAGAUGGCUCAAACCCUUACAGAUACAUCUUUUAACAACAUAAAGGAUAUUUUGGAAGCUGAGCCCACAAAAUGGUUAGCUGACAGUGCAGCUUCUGCAUGUAUGCUAUGUAAUUCACAAUUCCAUCCAAUCAUGCGUCCAAGGCACCACUGUAGGUUCUGUGGUCUAAUAUUUUGUGGUGUUUGUUCUAGAGGAAGAAGUUUGUUGCCUGUGAAAUUUCGUACAAAUGAUCCACAGCGAGUUUGUGAUGUAUGCUGGGUGAGGUUGGAAUCAGCACAAGGUCUACUGGAGAGACAAGUCAGCCAUGCAGCACAGGAGGCAAUACAUGAUGUGACUGAUUUGAGCACUCUAAGAUCUUGGGUAAAUAUUCCUUGGGGACAAUCAAUGGAAAAUGAAAUUUAUAAGGCCACUAACACACUCCGUGACUUUGUCAAGAUAGGUUAUAUAAGACCUGAAAGAUCAAUUCCAGACGCUGUACUACGUGGAGCUAAAGGUUUGGCUCUUCUCACUGUUGUAAAAGUGGGCAUUAUGGUAACCUAUAAGGUGGGAACAGGAUUAGUUAUUGCUCGGAAAGAGGAUGGAUCUUGGUCUCCACCAUCUGCUAUCUCUUCUAUUGGUGUUGGCUGGGGAGCUCAGGCUGGGGGAGAAGUGACAGACUUUGUAAUUGUCCUCCGAACAGAAGAGGCAGUAAAGACUUUUGGUGGGAAUAUACAUUUCUCUAUAGGCGCUGGUCUCAAUGCUGCUGCAGGUCCAAUUGGAAGAGUGAUUGAAGCGGAUUUACGUGCUGGAGAUGGUGGUUCUGCAGCUUGUUACACUUACAGUUGCAGCAAAGGUGCUUUUGUCGGUUGCUCACUUGAAGGAAAUAUUGUCAGAACUCGAACCUCAACAAAUGUACAAUUUUAUGGGAACUCAUCUAUUAAAGCAUCUGAUAUUCUUUUUGGGUCAAUUCCAAGGCCAACAGCAGCUGCUCCUUUGUACAAUGCUUUGUCAGAAUUGUUUAACAAGCUUCAGAUCUCAUAAGUCAUGAUGAGAAUACAAAUUGUGCAGCUUACCUUUGUUCAUGAUGUAUAUAAUUCAUUAUUUUUAUUUGGCACAGGCUAUUUGCUUGAUUGGACUUUUAUAUUGGGAAUGUUGUAUAUAAAUGUGUCCAUGUAUUUAUUUAUCUCAUGCUACUGUUACUUAAUGACUACAGUCAAUAUGUACAAGCUAACAAAGUGUGUUCCCUAUUCCACGGCCACAACGUUACAGGGUUCAAUUGGAUAAAUAUUUGUAACUUUGCAAUUCAAUUUCUGGUCUAUUGUGUUUUCUUCGAUAUUCUUUGAAGAAGAAAUCAAUAAUGAUAAAAAGUCAUGUACUCGCUUGACCUGCA